AUGCAUUCACGAAUGAUACUGAAGCCGCCGGUCGCUUGGGCCUUUCGACCACGGCGACCAAUCCUGCAAAAGCAGAUACAAGCAUCCCAAUCUCAGCAGCGUUUCUCAUCAUCCAAGAGGCUUCCACUUAGUGGAGUGACAGUGGUGAGCCUCGAGCAGGCCAUUGCAGCGCCGUUCUGCACGCGGCAGCUUGCUGACCACGGCGCUCGCGUGAUCAAGAUCGAGAGGCCGGUCGUGGGUGAUUUUGCCCGAAACUACGACACGCGCGCUAAUGGCCUGUCCUCUCAUUUCUUAUGGACCAAUAGAGCCAAGGAGAGCCUGGCGUUGGAUCUCAAAAACCCACGAGAUCUGGCGGCCGUUAAGACGAUUAUCCGAAGCGCCGAUGUACUGGUACAAAAUCUCAUACCCGGAGCGACAGGGCGCAUGGGCCUUUCCUACAAAGACCUGUGCAAUGAAAACCCACGUCUGAUUGUCUGCGAUAUUUCUGGAUAUGGCUCCAAUGGCCCUUAUCAAGACAAGAAGGCGUACGACCUGCUAAUCCAGAGCGAGGCGGGCUUCCUUUCCGUGACAGGAGGUCCCGACGAGCCUGCAAAGGCAGGUAUUUCUAUUGCCGACAUUGCGUCUGGCAUGUAUGCAUACACCAAUAUUCUCACAGCGCUGAUCGAGCGCGGUCAAACAGGCAAAGGCAAGCGUAUCGACAUUUCCAUGCUGGAGAGCAUGGUGGAGUGGAUGAACUUUCCUCUGUACUACUCGAUGAAUGAUCAGCCAGUGGUCCCACGCACUGGACUUACGCAUGCCACGGUCUAUCCAUACGGGCCAUUCGACACAGCCGGAGGUGAAUCAGUCAUGUUUGGUGUGCAAAAUGAGCGGGAGUGGUUACUUCUGUGCCGCGAUGUUCUCGGCGACGAGUCCAUUGCCAAAGAUGAGCGCUUCAUCAGCAAUUCGCUGCGCAGUCAGAACCGCGAACCGCUGCGAGCUAUCAUCUGCGACAAACUCUCUAAGCAUAGUGCUGCUGAAGUGCUGGAGAAGCUUGAUACGGUCGGCAUUGCCAAUGCCAAGGUGAACGACAUGCAUGAUGUCUGGAAGCAUCCUCAGCUGCUGGCCAGGGGAAGAUGGGCAGAGAUGGAAACGCCGGCUGGUUCUGUGCCUACCUUGCUACCUCCUGGAAUAAAUGAUGCAGGUGAUACGAGACUUGAUGCUGUCCCAGCGGUAGGACAGCACAACCAAAGCUUAUUUACCGAAUUCGGCAUUCCACGAGAAGAUGAUUAG